AUGAAAAUAAAAGUAUUACAAAGAGAUCCUGCGAUUUAUGAAGGGAAUAGGAGGGAUUCUAUAAGACGUUUAUUUCAUAAUCCUGAUCCUCGCCUACAUCCUUUUGAACGUGCUCGUGAAUACACUAGGGCAUUAACCAGUGUUAAACUGCGAAAGAUGUUUGCAAAACCUUUGGUAUCUGUCUUAGAGGGCCAUAUUGACACUGUAAAAUGUAUAGCUAGGGCUCAUCAUAAUGUUUCCGAUAUUUAUAGUGGUAGUUUUGAUGGAAGUAUUCGCUAUUGGAAUUUGGGAAGCCAAGAUAAAUGUGAAUAUAUGAUUAGAGCCCAUGAAGGAGCUUUACGUGGGAUAUGUGUUACUAGUAAUGAUAAAUAUAUUUUUUCUUGUGGUGAUGAUAAGAAACUACAGAUGUGGAAAAUAGAGAAACGUGAAGAUGUAAAGUUAAUGGAUAUAAAUUGUCUAACAGAUCGUGGUAAUGAUCAAGACAACAGUAAUGGUUAUGAUAACUUGGGAAAUUUUAGGAAACAGAUAAUUUCAGAGAAUAUAUUCCAUUCUCCUUGUCAACUAUAUAGUGUAGAUCACCACUGGAAUAAAUCAACUUUAAUUAGUAGUGGGAUUAGUGGUAUACAAGUUUGGGAUCACAAUAGGAAUACUCCCAUUCAAGUCUUUGAUUGGGGAAGUGAUACUGUAUAUACAGCAAAAAUUAAUCCGAGUGAACCAUAUAUUGUGGCAACAACGGCAUCCGAUAACUCAAUAGGAUUAUUUGAUAUUCGCUCUUCAACACCACUAAGAAAGUUAAUAAUGAAUAACAAGGGAAAUGCAAUUUGUUGGAAUCCGCAACAACCUUUAAACUUUACUGUUGCUAAUGAUGAUUCGAUGUUGUAUACAUUUGAUAUGAGAAAAUUAAAUUCAGCUAGAUUUAUAUAUAAAGGUUUUGUUCAAGCUGUAUUGGAUAUUGAUUAUAGUCCUACUGGCAAUAGUUUCGUUGCAGGUAGUAGAGACAAUACUAUAAGAAUAUUUAACAUUGAUCAAGGAUUCUCAAGAGAUGUUUAUCAUACAAAAAGAAUGCAACAUGUUUGGUCUACAAAGUAUACUGCUGAUGCUAAAUUUAUUGUAAGUGGCUCAUCUGAUUUUUGUAUAAGAUUAUGGAAGAACGAUGCAAGUCAAUCUCUUGGGCCAAGGGUAUACAGAGAAAGACAAACAUUAGCUUAUAGGAAUAAACUGAUUGAAAAGUAUCAGCACUUACCAGAGAUUAAGAGAAUUGCUAGGUAUCAUCAUAUACCAAAAAUCAUUAAAUCAAUACAAGAAAGGAAAUUGACUCAAAUAAAUGCUCAAAAGAAGAGGGAAGAAAAUAUGAGGAUUCAUAGUAAAAAUAAAUUGAAACCUACUCCAGAGAGACAAAAACCUGUUAAAGUUAUCCUUGAAUAG